AUGAAGCUUCUACCGAGUUUUAUCUUAGGAUCUGCAGUUGGACAGAUUUUAUGUCCAGUGUGCGAUAUCGAGUGGGAUCAUAAAGGGAAUCCAAUCGCUGGAGACGAUAGAUGUCUCAAUUUGGAAGGAGAUCCUGACAUCCUGCAGACAUGCGUUGUCGGACCCGGUCUCAACCAGAAAAUUGCGUGCCAAUCAAGAUUUGUCUCGACAUGGGAUAAAACGGGGGCCAUGACAUUUUCUCUCAGAAGAAGUUGCAACUCUUACAAUGCCAAUCUCUUUCCCAAUGGACCAGAAAUGCAAGGCUGCGAAUUGAUAGAAGAAGAUGGUAGAAUUCGACGAACAUGCUAUCAUCAGUGUAUGGACGGAGACAACUGUAACGACUACCCAGAGGGCCAGGAUCCGAUUUUCUUGAUGGAGACGAACAAAGACGGCGAAGGAAAACCAGUGAAACUUAUCUGUAAUACUUGCGAUACUAGAGAUGGCGAUGAUGAGGAUUCCUGUCAAAAUAACCCCGGAGUAUCGGAUGAUGUACCCGAGUGCCCGCCUUAUGCCAACUUUGCUUGCUUCAAUGCUAACUUUUUCCCGCUCAAUCUUAGUCCCGGAGCAGACAACGAACUGCAACAUUUUUCUAAAGGAUGUUCUCCUUUCGCGUUCCCAGAUGAAGCCUCAAGAUGCGACGAGUUUGCUAUGAUCGUAAAUGGUAACAACGGUCUUUAUGAGACGUGUAGAAGUACUUGCACUGAGGACAGAUGCAAUUCCGGCCUCGUUGAAUUUACUCCUUCCUGUUACACAUGCUCAGUGACCUUGGACCACGAGGGUAACAUCGUGAACUGGGGCGACGAGGACUGCAUCAAUAACGCGGCAGACCGGUUCAUCGAACCCUGCGGACCUAAUCAGGACAUAUGCGUGGUGGAAAUGGAAGUUGACUGGCUCCCGUCUGGCAAACAGACGACUACGAUUCGCCGAGGCUGCGGCAGUUCAUUUGACCUUGAGCAAGAUCCGGAUACAAUCGUUUGCGAUGGGCGCAAGACAGCUGGUUUUCGACGACGACAUUGUAUCAAGACCUGCACUGCUGAGGCUGGAGAAGAUCCUUGUAAUAAGGACAACAGUGAAAUCGCUGGAGAGUUGUCGGAAAAUAAUGUGAGCAGUUGCCACGUUUGCACUUCGGAAUCAGUAGCUGAUGAUGAUCAAAAUGACUGUGCAAGCGGUAUUGAAGGUCAACUGAAUAAGACACCCUGCCCAGAAUACGCAAGAGCGUCUUGUUUCGCCGCUAGAUCAAGAAAAGUUGUAGAUGUACAUCCUGAAGGAAGAUCUACGGUUACUCACGGCUGCUCCGCGUUCACUCAGAAUUCUCAAUCUUGUGUCACUUACUCCGAUGCAACGGUAGAAGAUACAGCUGGAAAGAUAGAACAUCAAGUUUGCAAACAAACUUGCGCCUUUGGUGACAAUUGCAAUAACCAGGUGAUUGGGCUUCCAGAGGAAGAACCUCCUCUCUACUGCUUUGUCUGCACUGGUUACUACAACAACGGCGCUGCAACAGGAGGUUGUUACGACUUUGACGUAGACGGCUUCUUCGAUAAUAUUCGACAAUGCCCGUCUUCUAGUAAAUCCUGUUUUCAAAAAAUGCAUGUCGAAUGGCUUCCUAGCGGCACACAACAGAUGCAAAUAACAAGAGGAUGCUCUGAUGAAGAUCCACCAAGUGCAGAUAAUGGCUCAAAAGCUACGGAAUACCCAAUCACUUGCGAAUCUAGCUCUGAUGUCAACGGCGCUUUUCUGUACAAUGAUUGCAUUCAAUCCUUCCCAAUCGCAAAACAGGGAGAUCAGCCACUAAAUAAAGAUACAGAAGAGCUUGAAAAAGCGAUAUCGGGAGUUGGCCUCUGGAAUAAUGCGCUUCAAGAACCUGUUGUUUCUUGUCACGUCUGCGAGCAUUUUUCAGAUAUUCACGGAGAGGAAAAUACAUGUGAUAAAGCUCCUGGAGACGAGACGAUUCGAGAAUGCCCACUUUACGCUCAAGCAGGCUGCUUUCAAUCUCAUACAAUUCGAGAAGUUGUGGAUGGUUACAAAAGAAGAGACACCUACAGAGGUUGUUCUACGUUUAACCUAGCGACAGAAGGAGGCAUUGAAGAUUUAAAGCCUGUCUGUAAUGGAUUCAAAGCCAAGGACGAAGAUGGUGUGUCACGAGAAUUUAACAGCUGUAAGCAAACAUGUUCUGAAGAUAACUGCAACAGUGCUGAGCCAGUGACUCAGCCAGAGCGAGUUUCUUGCUAUUCUUGCUCCGAAACUCGGAACCAUCUGAAUGAGACCAUCGGAAACUCUGAUGAAGGUUGUUUUAUGAAUCCAGCAGAAGAAUUCAUCGUUGAAUGCGGACCGGAUGCAAAUUUUUGUGCGGUAGAAUUCGAAAUUGAUUGGCUCAUCAACGGCCAGCAAAACACUGUGGUGAGACGAACCUGCACCAGGGGCGAUCAAGAAGCGGGCCCACAUACAGAAUGCAGUAACAACGCGGGAAGCUCCUCCAAUUUCCACUUCAAAAAAUGCAUUGAAACCAUGGAAGGCUCCAACUCAAACUCUCAUCUCAAUAUCUUGGCUUACUUCUCCAAUCCUUCUCCUGUCAUCGAUUGCUACUCGUGCUCGCAUAAUAGCGAAGAGGGGCCAGAUUUCAAGAAUUGUCUUGCUUCAAACGAGCUUUUGGAUAAUGAAGACUUUAUUCAAGAGUGUGGUAGCUGGCAAUCUGAGGGCUGUUUUACAGCCGACGUUAUUCACAUUGAAGAAAAUGAAAUCAUAACAGAGGUUCAUCGCGGUUGCUCCGCCUUUACUGUCUCCACCGCUACCUGCGCUCACAUGCAGUACCAAGACGGCAUCGACUACGCUUCCUGCAAAGACACCUGCUCCGAGGCUCACUGUAACAACGAGCGCUACCCGAUCGAGGAAGACACCUGUGAAUGUCCAGAAGAAUGA